ACCGGAAAUGGUUCGAAGCGUGAUGGCGAACGCGUGUUGCAGCUUGGUGGCUUAAAGGCGGAAAGUAUUUGGGGUUUUAAAUCUUAGCUGAACCCCGCAUUGAGCUCUGAUGUCCCUGCAGGUGGCGGUCAGGAGGAGCUUCGUGGCUCUCCAGGACCAGCGGGCGGCGUGGAGGAGCGUGCUGGAGGAGUGCGACCCACUCAUGGAGUCUCUAGGGAACCUGGGGGAGCAGAUGAAGGCUCUGUCCCGGGUCCGGGUCUCCGACACGCCGCUCAGGGCGUUCCCGGACCUCCAGGAGCGGCUGCAGUUCCAGCUGCUUCAGGCUGUGGACCUGCUGCUGCAGAGACUCAGGGACAGGAUGUCCCGCCUCCAGUCCAUCAGGGACUCCGUCGGCGGCCAUGUUUCUGCCGCCCUGCAGCUCUACCAGGACUCCGCAGAUGGUCUGGAUGUUGCCGUGGCGACGCAGCGCUCCUCCGUCGCUCCGUCAAUCGCCGACAUGUUGGAGUGGCUUCAGGACGCCGAGCGUUUCUACAGACGGCAGUUCCUGCAGAGGAAGACUCUGCUGCUGACGCUGAGGAGGGACGACCGCGUGCAGCUGGAGGGCGCGGCCGAGGCCUGGAGGAGUCUGGACUCUCCUGAUGCAGAGCAGCAAAUCACAGAUAAUCUGUGCAGACUGGCCUUCUUCCUGGAGCCCCAGUGAUCCGACCUCAGACCCGCUACUGGAUCAGAACCGGCUGCUAUCAGAACCGGCGGAACUGAUCGGACCCAGAAAGAGACACGGCUUCAGGUCUAAGCUGGUUUUAUUGGACCACAGCACACGCCGACACAACAGGGAAAACAGCUGAACACAAACCAGAGAAACGGAUCCGGAACCAGGAAACGAUCACGACGCACUGCAAAAACACAAAAUCUUACCAAGAAUUUCUGUCUAGAUUCUCCUGCAGAAAUAAAUCAAUCAGAAAGAUCAUAAAUUCUGAUCGUUUCCAUUCUGAAAGGUUUUAUAAUCCAUUUGUUUCUUUAUUGUUUUUAGUUGUUUUGUUUUUAUUUUGAAUAUUUAACAAAUCUCCUAGUUCAAGUCUUUAGCAUUAUUUUAAUAAAAUUAAAGUUUGUUAAAGUUAAUAACUUAGACCUGGUCUGUCACAAUAACACAUCUUACUGGACGAUAAAUUAUCCCAGAAGAUAUUGCGAUAAAUGAUAAUAUUGUUAUAAAAUUACAGCAUAAUAAUGUAAGAACUCACUGAGAGAUAAAUAAACUUUAAAUUCCAACAAACAUUCAACACUGGAGCGAGAAGAUUAUUUAAAUAUUCACAAAAAUAAAAUCAAUUAUUAAAAAAACAGCAGUUUCAGGUAGACAGAGAAAAACCAAGCAAAUGAAAAUUACUUAUCAUUUUAUCAAGCGGUUAAUAAUUUAUUGUUUAUCGUAUAAUUUGUUAUUGUGACAGACGGAGUUGGAAGUUGGUUCAGAACCAAACAAUGAGACGAAAUCACUUGGUAAGGGUUUGUGUUUUAGCAGCGUGAGGAAGAGCUCCUCUUCCUCCUCUUCCUCCUCUUCCUCCUCCUCCUCCUCCUCCUCCUCCUGCUACACGUACUCCUUCAUCGGCAGGCUGUUGGAGACGAUGGGCUUCGGCGGCUCCGGCGCCGGCGAGUUGGCGAAACUCCGGCCGAUGUACCCUCGGCGGUAGCGGCCGCCGCGCUCCAUCAGCGGGCAGGUGCUGCUCAGGACGGCGCCGCUGAUCAUCAGGAUGACGGCGGCGGCCCAGCCCAGGUAGAUGGCCUGGCCCAGCUCCCGCUUGUGCAUGAUGGGAACGUUGGGGUUGUAGAAGUCCUGCACCACGGUGUUGGCGGUCCAGGAGACGGGGAUGAGGACGCACAGCCCCGUCAGGAUGAAGAAGACGCCGCCGGCCAGCGCGAUGCCGGCCUUGGCGCGGCGGUCGUCGCCGGCGCAGGUGGUGCACUUCAUGCCGCAGCAGGACACGGUGCAGGACAGCCAGCCCAAGAAGAUGGCGAGGCACAUGAGGGCGCGCGCCGCCUGGAUGUCGGGCGGCAGCGCCAGCAUGGAGUCGUAGGUCUUGCACUGCAUGUGUCCGGUGGUCUGGUACACGCAGUUCAUCCAGAUUCCCUCCCACUUCAUCUCCGACGUCAGGAUGUUGCUCCCGAUGAACGCCGACACCUUCCACUGCGGCAGCGCCGUCACGGCGAUGGCCAUGAUCCAGCCCGUCACCGCGCAGGUGAAGCUGAUCAGCUGCAUCCCCGUGUUCACCAUGGCAACGGACUCUUCUGGAACGUCUGCUGGGAACUCUGGUCGGACUGGUUCUGCUGGCUGCUCUACGUUCCGCAGGCGGCCAUGUUCAGGUUCUCCUCCGGACCCGUCCGGACAUCCCGGCCCUGGUCAGAACCCUGAUCCGACUGUCUGCUGCUCGGGUGACAGAAGCUGAUCCGACCCGCUGCUGUCGCUCCAAAGAUGAAACCUGGCCGCGGCUCCGGCCUCGAUCCGGGUCAGAACCGCCGGCUUCAGGGUCCAGAGUCAGUCCUGCUGAAGAAAGUCCAGUUUUCCAGAUUCUGGACAGAGCCGAGUGCAGCUGGAGGGUCUGCUGGGAACAAAGAGUCCGUUUGAACGGAGAGCCGCCCCUCCCCCGGCGCCGAGCCCAGACGGGUCAGACGGGCUUCAGACAGAUGGACGGACGGGUUGGGUCUGGAAACACGGACCCGGAGCUGCUGAUAAACAUUGGCUCCAUGAAUUAAAGAUGGAGGCUUCCAGGUUCUGCUGCUCGGGUUUCCUUUCUCCGGUUGCCGGCCGGCUCCUCGGUAACCGUGGCCAUGGCAACCAGAGACGGUAAACGGACAGGAGGGAGGAAGGGGCUUUUUGUUCUCCAGGGAAAUAUUCAACGUUCCCCCAGUCAGAGGAUCCAGGGUCGAGGUUCUGGUUCUGGUUCUGAUAGCGAGUCACACAGAGACUCGCUCUCAGAACCAGGCAUCUGUGUGUGUGUGUGUGUGUGUGUGUGUGUGUGUGUGUGUGAGACCUUCUGCCAGAGGUCAACUGGAUUUAUUUCUGGGAUUGUUUUGUUUUUUCCUGAAUAAUUAAAGUUUUCAGUCUGUUUUUAUUUUAUUUUUUUAGUUUUCAUAAACUUCAUAACUCAUUUUAUUUGAUGUUUAUUCAUUUUCACGUUCCAGUGUUAAAUAUUCAUGAGAAUUUAAAGUUUACUGAUCUUUAAGAAUCUGUUCUUGCAUUAAUAUAAUCACUGGAAAAUGGUCUCAAAGCAACAAUAUUAUCCUUUAUCUCAAUAACUUAUGGGAACAUUUAUCACCAGAAGAAAAUGUAACUAUAACAGACUUAUGAACCAACUAUUGUUUCUAAAUAUAGAUUUAUUAACAAAUUCA